AUGGUUUCUCUAGAAACAGUUCAACCAGCAGUCAGUAAAUCCACCACCAUGGAUCAACCGACAUCAAGCCCUAGAAUCUCAUUCUCCUCCGAAUUCCUCGACGAGAACAACUUCAUCUCCAUCAGCCCCAACCACCGCCCCCUCGAAAUCGAAAACCAGAAACCUCCCCUAUCCCCAUCGCCGAUUCGAACCGCUGCGGAUCUCCAAUUCGAGUUCCUCUCCAACACCGGGCCGGCGACGCCGGCGGGGCACGCCAAGAUGCUGACCGCCGACGAGCUCUUCUUCCAAGGGAAGCUCCUCCCGUUCUGGCAAAUGCAGCAGCAGUCGGAGCGGCUCCACAAAAUCAGCCUCAAUUGCGACGACGCCGGAGAGGCGGCGAAUCCGGCGAGCAAAGAAGAAAAUGCGCCGACGGGGACGAGGGCGGCGGCGGUGAACUGGUUCGUGGACGACGAUCCGUCGCCGCGGCCGCCGAAUUGCACGGUACUGUGGAAGGAGCUGCUGAGGCUGAAGAAGAAGCAGAGGGCGGCGGCGUCGUCGCUCUCGCCUUCUUCGUCUUCGUCCUCCAAUUCCUCGUCUUCCAGCUCGCUCGCCGACGCCGCCGUCGCGGCGGAGGAGAAGAAGGAGAAGAAGAAGAAGGGGGAGAAAUUAGAAAGCAAGAGCAGUAAUAACACAAAUCAGGUGAAGAGGGCGGCGAAGAGAGGAUUGGAGAGGACGAGAUCGGCGAGCAUUCGGAUUAGGCCGAUGAUUAAUGUCCCGAUUUGCAGCCAGAGGAAGAGCAGCAGCGCAUUGCCGCCAUUCUUCCCGCUCAAGAAAGUCAGAGUAGUGGAGCGGUGA